AUGCUGGCUGCUUCGACCUUCUCCUCAAACAUGCUGGCUCUUCCGAAGACGGGAUAUUUCGACAUAAACAACGCGUUCCCACCAUUUCUUCAUACAUGGUCGUUGUCGGCGGAGCUUCAGUUUUAUGUGGUCGUGCCGUUUAUUUUCUUGGCCUACCGAAAAUUGCGAAACGUUAGCGGCUUUUUGGGAACAAGUUUUCUACUCUCGAUUCUGGCAGGCAGUAUGGCAUUUCAAGUUUUGAUGAGAGAAGGUAAGAAAUAGAGUAAAACCUCGAUACAACGGGCCCCAUAUACCUGUUCAGAGGACAUUAGUCUGCCGGGAAAUAUUAAGCACACUGUCGCAUCGAAAAUCGCAUCGCCGCUGAGAAAAUCAAUUGUGUCGCGAAAAAUAAAACUGCCUUUAACUUCGGUGACGCGAUCGGCAAAGCGACACUGUGCUCAUUAUCAGCCUGUCGGAAAAAUAACGGCGGAUCGUCGCAGCAAAAUGUCUCGCCUCGCCGCUAUCGCGCACCAAAUCCCAAGUCGCGGCUUGCAGUCGCAAAGCGAUGAUGAGCGACUCCGAGGCGCGACGAUCCGCCGUUGUUUUCCCGACAGACCGAUAUUUUCCUAACAGACUGAUCCUGGUCGCGCCCUUAUGUCCAUAGAAUUUUUUUGCAGACGCCGCGGGGUGCGCUCGCAGAAACAUUGCUAGUGCAAAAACGAAAUGUCGAAGCGGCGCAUACAAAAAAAGAAGCAAACACACCCCGGAAAUUUCUAGGUGCUUUAUGACGCGACUAGUAUCAGUCUGUCGGGAAAAUAAUGAGCACAGUGUCGUUUUGCCUAUCUCGUCACUGAAGUGAAAAGCGAUCUGAUUUUGCGGCGACAUAAUUUAUUUUCUCGGCUGCGAUGCGACUGUAUGCUUAUUAUUUUCCCGACAGACUGAUACAGUUAUUCUUUUUAAAAAUUGUUACAUUUAUUUAGACACCAAUCUCUCCUACAUGAAUCUCCUCUCACGAAUUUGGCAAUUUAUCGCCGGCUUCUUGGUCAGCAAUUACAGUAACGGAAAGGUCAGCGAUGAGAGGGUUUCGCUGAUGAAUUCAAAGAAUUUCAUGAUGAUUUGGUUGCUCAUCCAGUUAUUCGUCCCGGUGACAAAUACGAUUUGGAUUGAUCGGAUUAUCUGCACCUUCUCCGCGGCAUUGUUCAUUUUCAUACGGGAGACGAGUGUAAUAGAGCAUCCGUGCGCCGUCUACAUUGGUGGAAUCUCGUACUCGAUAUAUUUGAUUCAUUGGCCAAUCAUAACGAUUUACAAAUACAUGGAGGUGACUCCGAGUAUCUCACUUCCGGGUAAGCGAACCUUUAUUAUUAUUGUUGUACGAUAGUUUUUGUCCCCUAAGUACGUAGACUUUUUGUUGCUGGAAAAUGCAGUUUCAUUUCAUUUUGUUUAAUCUUUUCACUCAGUAAUUGUAUUGAGGAGAAUAGGUAUGCUACGAGGUAUGUGCUACACAAUGAGGAUUCGUUGGUGUACACUUGGGUGAUCAGAUUUUAAGACCAUCUUCGAAAAAAUCUGAUCAGCAUUACAAACUUAGCGCUUCCCAUACGGGUCUCAUCCAGGGGAUACCGUUUCUCGCGCAACCGAGUCGUGAUGAGAUGCUCCCCAAUACUUCAGGCUAGGUCGGCGCAAAGGUUAACCAAGCAUCCGAUUUGCCAUAGUCUCCAUGCAUUCAGCAGGUCCCAUUCCUUUCAUUCGAAAGCGCCUGGUGGCCUGAUUCUGCCGCGACACAAUUCGUUUUCUUGGCGGCGAUGCGAUUUUCGAUGCGACGGAGUGCCCAUUAUCAGUCUGUCGGGAAAAUAACGGCGGAUCGUCGCAGCAAAAUGUCUCGCCCCGCCGCUAUCGCGCACCAAAUCCCAAGCCGCGGCUUGCAGUCGCAAAGCGAUGAUGUGCGAUUCCAAAGCGCGACGACCCGCCGUUAUUUUCCCGACAGACUGAUAUUUUCCCGGCGGACCGAUGCUAUAACCCUUUUCCCUGGCCUCGACCGUAUGCUUAUUAAACAACGUUUCAGCUGGAAUUCUCAUCAUCCAAGGCUGCAUUCUGCUCAGUGUUGUGGUUGAAGACCUCUUCAAACAGGUUCGAUCCCUUACAACAACCACCGCUCGACUAACUCUCGUCAUAUUCAUCUUGUACUUGUCGAUUGCGGCGGUAACACUUAGUGCGCCAAGGGCCAUUCAGCGAAAAGAAAAUAUCAGUUUGGAGAACUACGAGGAAAUUAUUCUGGACACCAUGCGAGCCUUCGACAACCGCCAGAAUUUGGAGAUGACGAAAGAUGAGCUGGUUCAGUUUAACAAACGGAUUUACGACUUUGCGCAUGAUUUCUCUCGUAAAGAAAGGACUAAUGGAACAAUUAAUCAUCAAGUUGAGGUAAGAACAACCGUUAUUACUAGUCCGUUCGGAAAAUCUCUCUAGCGACUUUGCGAAGGGGCUCACAUGCUAUGCAGGCUUUAUUUUAGGGCAACGGGAAUCUAGAAAUCGUCGUGGUUGGGAACAGCAUCUCCCGCGAGCUUUAUUUCGGGAUAUGGGGGCGACUGAAGAACAAAUUCAAGCGCCUGACCCUGUACUUCAAGGGAGGUAUGACGCCGUUUCACGCCGACAAGGAUGGAGAUCAUCCCACCGCUUUCUUGGGAAUGCUGGCUUCAUUCGACAGGCCGAUUGAUAUUUUAGUGGUUAGACAUACGUAAGUCGUUAAACACGUUGUGGUCUGUUGGCAAAGUCGCCAGAGCGAUUUUUGGCGCUUGCACGCUGCAAAAAACAAAAAAAUCCCAAGUGUAAAGUGAACUUUUUUUUGUCUCAUCGUGCAUGUCGUCGAAUUCACGGUGGCGACUUUAGUAAUUUCAGUCUGUCGAGAAAAUAACGGCGGGUCGUCGAAGAGAAAUGUCUCGCCUCGCCGCUAUCGCGCACCAAAUCACAAGCCACGGCCUGCAGUAGCAAAGCGAUGAUGAGCGAUUCCGAGGCGCGACUAGACAUGGCUCCCGGGCCGGCCUGUGCCGUGGGCCGGGCCGAAGCAAAUUUAAAACGGGCCGGGCCGGGCCGACGGAAAAUUUGAAACGGGCCGGCCGGAACCCUUCAGGCCGACGGGCCGGGCCGAGAUUUUUGGCCCGGGCCGGCCGACGAGCCAUGUCUAGGCGCGACGAACCGCCGUUAUUUUCCCGACAGAUUGAUACAUCCGCCAAUCGAGAAAAUAGUGGCCGGCCAUCGCAGCAAAAUGUUUCGCCUGGUCGAAAACAGGGGUCCAAACCUCAGCUGCGGCUACCCGCCGAAAAGCGGUGAUGGGCGAUUCACGUCAAACUGAGACAGUGUAAAACGGUCCGGUGAAUGGAUUGACAAUUCGCCAAAAAAAAAGACGCGAAAAAACUUUUUGUCGUGGAAGAAAUGGGGAACUUUUGGGGCGAGAGAGUACCUUUUUGCGCGUCUUUUUCUCUGACUUCUCUGUGAAAUCAAAACGAAGUGUAAAAAACCGAUAGCGAAGAGUCUAUUCCGGCCUCCGGACCCCUCAGUUUGACGUGCGAUUCCAAUGCGCGAUGAUCUGCCUCUGUUCUCCGGACAGACUGGUAGUACACUCUAGACAACAACUUCAUCGACUUAUCUGUUAGUUGCAUCAACAGAAUGUUUGCUUUUUCCGAAGCAAAGUCCAAAUGCAACAACUGAUGAGAAAAAUCAUCUUCAACAAAAAUGUUGAGCAUCUCCUUCGCGUUACAUUCGUAAAAUACGACAUUCCGUUGUUUUAGCUAUCAUCGACUCAGAAGCCACAAAGAAUACAUAGAGAACGACAUGAAAAAUGAGAUGGAGAAAUUCUAUGGCCGUAUUAGUUCCAUGCCGAUCAAGAAUAUUGUGAUAUCACUAACCGAAUACGAGAGCAGUUUUAACCAUCAGCAAUUUAUCAGGACGUUGGAAACAAGCGAUCUCAAAGCACUGGAGAAAUUCAAUUUUCCGUUGACAGUAAGUCGCUUUGCCAUGAUACAGUGAGGACCUGAUCCAGUGGCAAAAAACGUAUCCUUUUGCUUCCGGGAAGUAUGAAAAAUGUGGCAAAAUGCUUCCCUCUCCAAGUGAAAAAACUCCGAUUUCAAAAGCGUCGUUUCCCUCACACAAAGAGCGGACGCGCAAAACGGACCUUUUUGGUUGGAGAGGGAAGCAUUUUGCCACAUUUUUGAAACUUCCCAAAUGCAAAAUGGUAUGUUUUUUUGCCACUGGAUCAGGUCCCACAUUGUACCUCCCUCUCCUAGCGAAAAAACACCAAUUUCGAAAGCCGCUCUUUGUAAUGGAAAGGGCCCUUCAAAAACGAGUUUUUUUCGCUUUGAGAAGCAUUUUGCCACAUUUUUGAUACUUCCCGGAUAUAAAAUGGUUACAAAAAACCACUGUAAGGGAAGUACCCCAAGUGCACCGCUCAGAUUCUCCUUAAAGUCUGACGAUACUCCCGGGGUCUUUCCAUACUAAAAAGAAAGUUUCCUUCCAGAAGACCGAAAAUGCAAACCUGCUGCUAGACAAGACUAUUAUGAGUAUAAACUGCCCGAAAUGCCAUUUCGUCGACACAUUUCGACGACUUUGCGACCCAACGCGCGAUCGAUGUGUUGCUGUGGAUGAACGAGGAGUGGCGAACUACAACGACGGUCAUCAUGCCACGUUGUUUGGGUCGUUUCAUAUUGUUGACGAAUUUAUUGUUAGCCUGGAAAGAGCCGGGAUUUUAUAA